AUGGCUAUUUCAGACCUUCUGAACCGUCGCGUGCGGGCCGCCCCAGAUGAAGACGAAGAUGUCUCUUCCGACGAAUCGGGAUCAGAAGCACCUAGCGAUAAUGAGGGAUCAGACGAAUCCGGUUCAGAACGAGCUGGUCAAGGCCUCUCAGACGGCGACGACCAUGAUUCCGACUCCGAAACGCAAGACUCCGAAGCAAGCGACUUGGGUUCCGAAGAUGAAGAUGACGGAGACGAGGACGAGGAUGUAAAAUCUUCUCUGAACAACAUUUCAUUCGGCGCCCUUGCCAAAGCGCAAGCUUCAUUCGCGCCCCAAAAUAAACGACGCACCAAAGCCCUCAAAGAGAGCGAAGAAACUACCGCUUCCCCAUUAGACGACAUCCGAGCCCGGAUCCAAGAGGCGCGCGAGCAGAAGCGCAAGGCGUCAUUAGCGUCGAAGGAUAACAGUUCCUUGAGAUUUGAGAAACCGCCGUCCCGUACCUCCAAACAUGCGCCAACAGUGCAAUCGUCAAAAUACGCCGUUUCGCGGAAACGAACCAUCGUUGAACCGCCUAGUGUACCUAAGACUCGUGAUCCGAGGUUCGACCCGACGAUUGUAGGUGGUCGAGGCGGAAGUGGUUCCUCUGCACCGAGCGACGCGUAUGCGUUCCUGGACGAUUACCGCGCGGCGGAACUCAAGUCGCUGAAGGAGCAACUUGCUAAGACGAAGGAUGUGAGGAGGCGUGAGGCUUUACAGCGGGAAAUCCGAGCCACGGCAGACCGGCUACGUUCGAUUGAGAAUAAUAAGCGGGAGAAGGAGAUUCUGUCCGAGCACAAGAAGCGGGAGAAACAGCUUAUUCGGGAGGGAAAGAAGGCUACGCCUUACUUCUUAAAGAAGUCGGAUGUGAAAAAGCAGGCAUUGCUGAAGAAGUAUGAGGGCAUGAAGUCGAAGGAUCGGGCGAAGGCUUUAGAAAGGAGACGUAAGAAGGCUGCUGCUAAGGAGAGAAAGGAGAUGCCUAUGGAGCGGAGAGGGUUCGGUGAGGAUUUUGAUGCGGCGCCGAGAAAGCGGCAGCGUAUGGCCUAG